CCGUCAACUGGCUCACGCCCUCCACUCCGCUGCUCCUCGCCGUCUCUCCCCUGGGGCUUCUGGACCAAACUGGGGGGUGGAGGAAAAAAGAGAAAAGAAAAGAAAAAGGAAGAAAAGGAAAAGAAAAGGGAAGAAAUAAAAAGAAAAGAAAAGGGAAGAAAGAAAAAGAAAAGAAAAGAAAAAGGAAGAAAGAAAAACAAAAGAAAAAAAAAAAAGGAAGAAAUAAAAACAAGAAAAAAAAAGAAAGGUUUCUACUCUAAAUGCUCAACGAAAAUAAUGUGAAUUUGGCUGUGACCGCAACUAAUCGAAGGGGAUUUUGAACUGUUUUCUUUCUCUCUUUCUUUUAUUUCUUUCAUUUCUCUCUAGAUAAAAGAAUCAUGAGGUUCUUCAGUAUGUGUCGAAGAAACGUCGGGGUUUUGUUCCUCAUCUGUGGGAUCUUCGCUUAUAUCUUCGUCGGUUCUCAGGUCGCGGAAAUAAUUGGGGAAGACCAAAGCCAGCACAUGAACCUAGAGGAACGCGCAGACACAGACGAGAGACAGAUCGGAGUGAGCAGCGCGGAGAGCGAAGAGCGACCGGAGAGAAACCAGUCAGGAAUCCCCCAGCAGGAAGCCAAUUCAGCAGAAGGAAAGGAAGGAGGCGAAGGAGAAGGCUCUGGUAUCCUCGAACCGCCGGGGGAAGUCGCCUCGAGACGGAAGGUGUCCGGAGCUCCGAGUCGCGACUACGAGGAGAAGAUGAUCAAGGCCCUCGUCAAGGAGGCCUACUUGAAGGUCACCGGGGAGGGCGGGGACGAAGAGGUGCUACAGUCUCCGGCGUACGCCCUUGAGGUCCAGCCGUCCAGCCGAAACACGACGCCGCCCAACUCGAACCUCGUCUUCUUCUCCGCCGUCCCGAAGUGCGGUUCCUCGACAACGGGUCAUCUCUUUAAGAAGCUGAGUGCCCUCAAUAACUUCUACUCGCUGACUCCCCAGCAGAGGAUUCAGCCAGUCAUCGACGAGGAACAACAGAAAACCCUUUUGGAAAACCUCUUUAGUCUCUCCGAGAAAGUCCCUGUUGCCUACACUCGUCAUUUGUAUUACUUCAACACCACAAAGUUAGGUUUCCCACGGGCGUCUUGGGUGGCGAUCGUCAGACAUCCUGUGGAGCGACUUAUCAGCCAGUUCUAUUACGCCAGAAUCCCGUCUCGGUACCUUGAAAAUAAACUCCUGCAGGGUAGGAUGCCCAGCGCGGAAUUCAUGAACAUGACCCUGGAUACGUGCGUGCCCCAGAGGGACCCUCGGUGUUGGUACAGGGAGGGCUCGCGGCAGAUGCUCCAGCUCUCUUUCUUCUGUGGGCAAGACUCCUAUUGCACGAGCGUGGGCAGCCGGAGGGCGCUGCAGAUGGCCAAGUACAACGCGGAGAACUUCUACAGCGCCGUCGGAGUCCUGGAGGAUCUCCAUCUGUCCUACAGGGUCCUCGAGAAGUACCUGCCGCGCUUCUUCGCCCGCGCCUCCGUCAGCGACAUUGGAACAGGAAGAGUCCGCUUCAACAGCCAGGAGAACAAGCCGUCGGUCAAGAACUCCACUCGGCUCAUGAUGGAGAGCUACCUGAAGGAGGACCUCGACCUCUACCACUUCCUGAAGCAGAGACUCCACCUUCAGGCCCAGGCUAUUGAAAGUGGAACAAUAGACAAUUAAAUUCUCAUUUUUUUAUCAUGCCAUCUAAAAUCUUUUUAAAAAAUAUAUAUAUAACGAGAGCGAAAAUCUUUCAAUGUGCUAUAUGAAAAGACCUUGUCAAUGAUAGAUUUUAACAGGGCAAUACCAGGGUAAUAUAAUUAUCCCCAAACCAGCUUGUUAAGAAAAAGAGUUAAUCUAUUUACUUUUCUUUCUUCUUUAGCUUCAAGUGUAAUGGAAAAGGUCAAAGGUAAAGAGAACUGACCUUUCCCCCACUCUUUUUUACUUUUUAAAUUUUCCAUCAGCGAGAGAAAGAGAGACAGACAGACAGACAGACAGACAGCCAGAGAACUUUUAAAGUUGAUAGUGGAGGGUGUAAUGAAAUGAAUGGUCUUUAAACCUUGAUAAGGGUAGGGACUGUCCACCUUCAAUGUUUACCGAAAGAGACACGUCUUAAGGAGAUGAACAUGGUAUACAGAUUUCCUUGGAUGUGCAAACCCAACAUACAUAAUGUAAACACUUUAAAUGAGAUAAAUAUCCCGUCAUACAGACUUGGCUUUUUACAGUGUUAUGUUAGUGAUAAACUAAACUGCAAAUCAUCACUUAUUCGUUUGCAUAUGCACAUAAACAUGCAACAUGUUAAUAAAUACAUAACUUUUCCUACUGUUA